UGGCGACAACUCGACAAAAGGGAAAGAUGUCUCAAAAAAGUCCUAAAGGAGGACAUCCAAAUAGUAGAGCAACAAAUGGCAGGAUUAAAAAGGAAGAAAACAAUUCAAGUGACAGUGAAAAUGAAGAAAAGACAUAUAUGUCACUGGAUGUUCUUGCUCAAGUUGCAUCGGCAACACUGCAAAAAGAACCCAAGUUUUCUCCAUCCAAACGAGUACCUGUGAGUAAAAGAAACCUUCAGUCACUGGAUUUGCUGAACCUCGACCAGAUACAAACUCUGUCGGACAAAGUUCUCAUCAACUUGUUUGCAGACCUUGUCUGCAAUGAAAUGACACGCAACUAUACAUACACAUGUUGUUUGAUGCCCAAAAAAUGCAAGGACUCCUUUUCAAGUUUUGGUAAUGAAUCAAAGGCUAGGUUGAAGAUAAGAACCCAUCUGUUGAGUCACAUAGAACAGCUUAUUGAUGAUGCAAAUGAUCCUGGAAGAACAGAACCAUUUAGUUUCACUGCUGUACCUGUUCGAGUCCAGAAAAAGAAAGCACUGGAUAGCAGUAUUAAAAAGAGAAGAGGUGGUGCAAAUUUAAGUAACCCAAGCACAAAGAAAAAUGUGAACCCUGUUGCCAGAUUUACAGGUCUGAAGCCAUGCAAACGAUUAGGCCUCAAACCAGUUCUUGCAAGCAAAGACCAUUCUGAACAGAACACUUUCGUAAGUUAUGAAGAAGUGAAAGAAAAUUCCCUAAAAAGAAGAAAAAAUUCACAGUUUGAUUCUCCAAAUAAACAGACGAUGGCAAAACGGUAUGCACAUAAAAAGUCUAUACUAAGUGAUGUACACACUGCGGACAGUGGUAGCAAGUCAAAACACUUAACUCAUCGUAAAAGAAUAAGAAAUGGUGAUACUGCCAGCAGUGAUAUUUCUUUGCCUGGAGUCACAGAACGACGCAUUGAAGAGAAUGAACAGUUCAUCAUUGAGCUACUUAACAGGACUCAACCCCACCAUGACCACUGUUACACAACAAUCUUUGGCAAAAAACGUGGCAUAGAAAACAUCAGUAUGGAUUCUGAUUCAUCAUCUGAUGACGAUGACGAUUCCAGCAUUAUUGAUGUGGGUGGAAAUGUGUCUUAUAUUGAUCCAAUUCGGACCGGCAAGCCACCGAAGCCAAUCCUACUGUACUCAGUGGCACCUCCACCUAAUGCACAAACGCCCAUGGUUAGUGCUGAAGAAAUAAUCAACCCUAAUGAAUACAGCAGCGAGUCUGAAGAAGAAGGGCAUACAGGAGAACGUCCAUAUCCACCAAUGCCAAAGUCACAAGUUGCAAAGACUGGCAGAAUAAGCAUUCCAGAAGAAAGUGCCUCUUUUAGUGAGGGUGAGGAAGACGUAAGUCCCAGGAAGAGGAAGAAACAAUUACCAGUACCAGACAUUUCAAACCUGUCAACUGAAAUGGCAAUUGUUGAAUGUGAACGGAAAAUUGCCUUAAAAUGUAUUCGAGAAUUAAAAGGUAGAAAAAAGGAUGACAAACUUCCUCUGAUGUGUAAGAUCUGUCUUGGUAAAACAUUCACAGCCAGUGCCACGCUAAUGUACCACUACCGAAGUCAUGCAGGAAUUAAACCAUUUGUGUGCCUUAUCUGUAACACAACAUUUACAAGGCAGCACAGUCUCAACUACCAUAUGUUAAUACACAACAACCAGAGCAGAUUCACUUGCAAGGAUUGUGGCCGCAAGUUCAGACAUCCAAGUCAUUUCAAGGAACAUCUGAGGCGUCAUACAGGUGAAACCCCUUUUGAGUGUAUGGACUGUCCCCUGAAAUUCAAGACCCGCAACACGUACAAGAGGCACCUGAAAACACGACAUGGCAAGCUGUUGACUGCAAAUGGCAUUCAGAUGAUGAGUAAGGAAGAGUUUCAGAAAGUUCGGACUAAGCCGUAUAAAAUGAGAUCACCAACUGAUCCAGGUAAUAAUGAAGAUGAUGACGAUGACGAUGAUGAUAUCGAGGAUGACGAUGAAGAAAUGUGUAGUGCAGCAUCAAAAACAGAAUCAGAGUCUUCGCUCAGCAUGGGCAUGCACAACUACAUAGCUCAGAGUAACUCUACGACAGCUUAUGUAACAACCCCAGUCACUCAACAGGGAAGCUUGUAUGUUCCCAUUGGCAUUGUUGUGAACACGUAGUGUCUGUCUGUGUACCUCUUCACUCAUAGUGCUUUUCUUUCCCGGUGCAUAGCUCAUUAUUGCCUUGGUCUUUGAGAACAAACCCAAGAACGUUCAUCAUUUUUGGUCUAAAGAUCAUACUACAAACCUAUGGGAGAUUAUUUCUUUUUGAAAAGCAUUUAUUAUGAAUAAUAUAAUAUGGUAAAGUAAAAUUAAAUGUAUUUCUGUUUAAAAACAGUUAAAAUGAGCAAACUUAAAAGCUUUGUCUUAAAUAAUAAGUAUAUAUGGAGAAAAUAUUAAAAUUCAGUUGUGUACAAUUUACAUUUAUUAAUCCUUCUGCUAUGGGAUAUUAAUUAUGGUUUGCACCAACAGGAAUUUAUGUACAUAAUAUUCCUCUCUCUAUGCAAUCAGUUGUUUUUGAAAGAAAAUAUUUAUUAUGCAAGACCAGUAAAAUGAAUGAAACUACAAAACACUGUCAUCAGUUUAAAAAUAGAAAUACUUCAUCAAUCAGGGUCGUAGCUAUGUUGUUGUUUUUUUGCGGGGGGGGGG